GGCCGCGCUGGGGCGGCGGGAGCGGCGGAGCCGAUGGCGCGGUGAAUGCCGGGUCACAACCCUCGUCGCCGCUUGCGGCGACGCCACCCGCUCGGCCGGGAAAUGGAGUCCCGAGCCUACCCUCUAAAUUUGACCCUGAAAGAAGAGCAAAAAGAAGAUGAGGUUGAGAUCCAGGAAUUGGAGGAUGGUCCCGUAGAGAUGCAGAAAGUGCAAAUCUGCUCGGAAGGCACGUGGGUACCAGCCCUAUUUGAUGAGGUGGCCAUAUAUUUUUCGGAUGAGGAGUGGGAAGUUCUGACAGAGCAACAAAAAGCCCUCUACCGGGAAGUCAUGAGGAUGAAUUAUGAGACUGUCCUGUCCCUGGAAUUCCCAUUCCCCAAGCCAGAUAUGAUCAAUCGGUUGGAAAGGGAAGAGGAGUGUCCUGAAUCUGAUGAGUGGCGGCUCCAGGGAGUAACCUUUGCAGAAAAUGAAGAAUCUGAUUUUAGGACUCCAGAUUGGGCCAACCCGAUGAAUGCCACCUCCCAUUUUCCUCAACCUCAGCACUUCAACAGCUUUGGGCUGCGUCUGCCGCAGGACAUCACUGAACUGCCUGAGUGGAGUGAGGGGUACCCCUUCUAUAUGGCCAUGGGCUUCCCUGGGUAUGACCUCUCAGCUGACGACUUGGCGAGCAAGUUUCAGUUCAGUCGCGGCAUGCGCCGCAGUUACGAUGCGGGGUUCAAGCUGAUGGUGGUGGAGCACGCUGAGAGUACCAACAACUGUCAGGCUGCCAAGCAGUUCGGGGUGUUGGAAAAGAAUGUCCGAGACUGGCGCAAAGUGAAGCCACAGCUCCAAAACGCCCAUGCCAUGCGGCGGGCAUUCCGAGGCCCCAAGAAUGGAAGAUUUGCUCUGGUAGACCAGCGGGUGGCUGAGUAUGUCAGAUACAUGCAGGCCAAAGGGGACCCCAUCACCAGGGAGGCAAUGCAGUUGAAAGCUCUUGAAAUCGCCCAGGAAAUGAACAUUCCAGAGAAAGGGUUCAAGGCAAGUCUGGGCUGGUGUCGGAGGAUGAUGAGAAGGUAUGACCUAUCCCUGAGGCAUAAAGUGCCAGUUCCUCAGCACCUGGCCGAGGACCUGACUGAGAAGCUCGUCACUUACCAGCAGAGUGUGCUUGCUCUGCGCCGGACACACGACUAUGAGGUGGCACAGAUGGGCAAUGCAGAUGAAACACCCAUCUGCUUAGAAGUGCCCUCUAGAGUGACUGUUGACAACCAGGGUGAAAAGCCCAUCCUGGUCAAGACACCAGGCAGGGAGAAACUGAGGAUCACAGCCAUGCUGGGGGUCUUGGCUGAUGGGAGGAAGUUACCACCAUACAUCAUCUUGAGGGGGACAUAUAUCCCCCCUGGGAAGUUUCCCAGUGGCAUGGAAAUCCGCUGCCACCGCUAUGGAUGGAUGACUGAGGACUUGAUGCAAGACUGGUUGGAAGUUGUGUGGAGACGGAGAACUGGAGCUGUACCCAAACAACGAGGGAUGCUGAUCCUGAAUGGCUUCCGGUGCCAUGCCACCGACUCUGUGAAGACUUCCAUGGAGAGUAUGAACACAGACAUGGUGAUUAUCCCGGGGGGCCUGACCUCCCAGCUGCAGGUGCUGGAUGUGGUUGUCUACAAGCCACUGAAUGACAGUGUUCGGGCCCAGUAUUCCAACUGGCUUCUGGCUGGGAACCUGGCACUGAGCCCCACUGGAAAUGCUAAGAAGCCACCGCUGGGCCUCUUCCUGGAGUGGAUCAUGGUUGCGUGGAAUAGUAUCUCAAGUGAAUCAAUUGUCCAGGGGUUCAGAAAGUGCCACAUCUCUAGCAACUUAGAGGAAGAAGGUGAUGUCCUCUGGGAAAUCGAGGGCGAGUUGCCCAAAGAACGUGGUCAUGAAGGUGUGGCUGAGGAUGACUGAGAGGAUUCAGGUAACUGGUCUGGAAUAGAUCCUCCGCCAUCACUGCUGCCCCUGGUCGUAGCUAGCACUUACCUUUUGUCUGGCCCUUAGUUUUCUCUUUUCGAGUUCUCUUGAAAUAGCCUGCCAUGCAGCAGGUCCUAGCACUUUCAUUGUCAGAAACUGAUUUAGAUUGGGUUCUGUGGCCUGGAUCCAGGAGUGCUUUUAUAAUGGGUAACAUGAACAAGGAACUGUCACAACACUUCACAUGAGAGCAGUCCCACUGCAAAGUUACUUGGGCCUCUAGACACAGUCUGACAUUGUUUACUUCACAAAAAGGUUGUCUAAAGAGACAACUUUCUUUUAAAAUGCUGAACAUUUAGGGCUGGGCUGUCUGCUUGAAUUACUUAACAAAGUUGCACUGCCUUUCACUGAUCUGCAGGACCACCGCCCAGGGAGAGAACAAAGUCUGCCUUCAGUUUGGUAACCUCUGGUCCUCAGCUCUGUGUCCUAGGGAGGUUAUUAUCAUCUCCAUGUCCACUAGGGAGAUGACAAUAUGUAUUGUUUGCUUUUGUCUAGGGAAUAUUGAGAGUUUAAAAAUAUCAUCUUGCUUUCAUAGAACUUCAGUUAUGGGGUGAGCCGUUAGAGGCAAUUCCUGUUGUCAGCAGGAAUCUGAAAGAUGAUGUUUUUAAACUGAAUCUUUGAAGAGCUGCAGAGCUGGCCUAGCAGUUAAGAGCAUAACUGUUCCUGCACAGUUCGGUUCCCAGCACCCACAUCCUACAGCUCAUAACACCUGCAACUUGAGUUUGAGUCCAGUGACCUCUUUUAGCCUCCCUUUGACACCUGCAGUCACAUGCACACUUUCACACACAGAAACGCUGUAUUUGUGUGACUAAAAACAGCCUUGGGCUAGAGAGAUGGCUCAGCAGUUAGGGAUGCUUACCAUUCAUCCUUGCAGAGGACUGCAUUUAGUUUCCAGCACCUGUAUAACAGCUCACAACCAGCUGUAACUCCAGUUCCAGGGCAUCCAAUGCCCUCUUCUAGCCUCUGUGCUCCUGCAUAUAUAUGGUGCAGACUCACACAUAGACACAUAAAAUUAACCUAGCAAAGGCCCACAGCCCCUAUACACACACUUUGAGCAAACAGGAGAAGGACCAGAGCCAGAGUAAGGGACACAUAGAAAGCAGACAACUCGCCCCUUUCCCAUUUUCCUUUUCAAUCUACCUACAUACUUUGAAAAGGAAAAUGGCCAGCUCUUUAAUAGAAAACCUAAAAUUAGCAUACCUUUCCUUUAAAAACGACUAUUAGUUUACAUUUUACUUGUCUCCCUCAACCCCACCACGCAAGUGAAAGCUAAUAGAAGUCUUUGCCCCGUGAGCUGUAUACGCACAGGCUCCUUAGUGGCACACACCCCCUUCCUGUCCUCAUACCCUACACACUCUUUAUAAAGCCCAUGGAUUCAGGCUCCCUCCUUUGCUGCUGACCACUCUGCUGCCCCAUUGGACAGCAGACUUUGAGUUGCAGUUGUUUUAGCCUUUCACAUUCUUGCUUUCACCCUGUUAGAAAACACUUUCAAUUUUCUAAGCAAUUUACCACUCCAGGAACCUAGUCAAAGACUGCCAGAAAAGGAAAGGGCAGAAGACCAUGCCAAGCCACAGCUGUGCACCCAGGGACAUUCCACAUCAGCUUGAGCUUCUGCUCCUCCAGAUGCUACCAUCUCUGUACAGCUGCUGGGGGAGGUAACGGAAACAGACAUGAAGAGAUUCAGAAGACACAAGCAUUAAACCACCUCCUGCUGUGGAAUAGAACACUAUUUUGUUAAAAGACAUCCAAAAGUCUGAACUGAUGUCUACUUAGGUUCUCUCCGUUUUCCAGCAAAUGGAACUGUGAUUGAAACAGUUGGGAGAAAAAGGAAAACUUGUAAGAUGGCUGCAGAGAGACCAAAAUGGGCAGUGAGGCUCUCUGAGCAUCCUUAGUCUGGAGAGCAUGAACAUCCCAUCAAGACAGUCCUAUCUACUAUACCCUGUCAGAUGUCAGCCAAGUCUAGGACCCUUAUGUUCAGCAACAAGAUUAGAAAAGAAACUUGGUGCCCCAUUUCUUCUCUCAGAGCUGUCUCGAUCUGCUCAGUCUAGAAGCCUAUAAACCCAAAUGAGCAAAGGUGUUUUCUGGAGAACACCUCUACAGCACCAAGAUGUAAUGUCACCACAGCUCUCAUGUCCUUACUGUGGGAAAAAAACCUCAAGUGUGCGUGUGUGUGUAUGUGUGUACACCUCCAUAGGUGCUUCAGUAGAAGCUGUUUCCACACAGGUCAAGACUAAAGGAAAGCUUUUGUAGAAACAUGUCACACAUGUACUCCUGUUACAUGUCUACUCACUGAGGGAAUGAGAUGUUAAUGAGCAGGGGUGGGGGUCUGGAGAGAUGGCUCAGCGGUUAAGAGCACUGACUGUUCUUCCAGAGGGCCUGAGUUCAAUUCUCAGCAACCACAUGGUGGCUCACAACCAUCUGUAAUGGGAUCCGAUGCCCUCUUCUGGUGUGUCUGAAGACAGUGACAGUGUACUCAUUUAAAUAAAAUCUUUAAAAAGCAACAAACAAAAAAACCAGUAGGACACUGGCUUGGUGCAGAAGAUGGCUUUUCUGUAGGUAAACUAGGUUAGGGUGCAAGAUAAAGACUUUAAAAUAAACGAUGCUCUUACAGUCACCUUUCCAAUCUGGUUGGCAGCUAGACCUUUCUAGUGUCUUACAUGAUGACCUGUCACCUUUAAUGAGGCAGCCCAUGGUGCACAAGCCUUUGCUUUUCAGGCUGCCUGCAGGAGUCGACAUUCCUGUCUACCCAGAACAAGGCCCACUGACUUGGAAAAAGGCAAUGGGAGGAACUGGGCCUUAAGUCACAGCUGCUUUUAGACUCCAACCAUACAAGAAUAGGAGUCACUGACGACUUCUGCAAUGGUAAUUUGCAUUCUCAUUUAAGUCAACUGCUAAGAAAAACAUUCCUUCAACACUAUGCUACAAAACUCCCACCAGAACCUCAUAGGCAAAGCCAUUGCUAGAUCCUUCAUUCCAAGUUCUCAGUCUAGCCAGCAGGUUGCUGAGAUCACAUUUCCUUCCUCCGCUCUGCUCCUGUGGAUACUGUACAUUGUUCUCGGCAUCUUCCCCAGUUUCUACUCAGGUAUUCAUGCUCCUGUCUGUCCUUAACUCUUCUCAUGUUUAACCAGUCAUUAACCUGCCCAGUUUGUCAGAGUUCCAAACACAUGAUCAAGACUUUUAAGAACUCAAGGAACUGCUGACAUUUUGUUUCCUAUCAGCUUUGUCUGUACCGUCUUGUCACGCCCAGUGCCAUCUAAUUAAACCCUGUUCCUCUCCACGCACUCAUCAGGUUUGUGUUUUAUUAUCUUCCUUUGACUGUCCUGUUUCUAGACUAUUUUUCUUGCUUGAUAAAGAAUGUCAUGUUUGAGUUUCCCCACAAAAGCCAGGUAUCUUAAGAGUAGAAAAUGGGUUUAACUCCUUUUUCAUUCCAUACCCUCACUCAUCAGCUGAGAUGCCUUUUAGGCUGCAUAGCACUGGAACUUUCCUAGAGUGAUGGUUCUGCUGUCUGGGUCUUCUGGGCACAUUCUUCCACUGACUUAAGGUGCUCUAUACCUAGCAUAGCCCCAGGACAACUACUGAGCAGAACAGCUAUUUCCUGAGAAUUACCAUAGCACACUGAGACUGGUACUCCCUACUAGACAGAAACUGAUCCCAGUAAUAAACUUUGAUAAUAAAGACAGUAGGCUCUGGUGGUUUUAUUUACCUACUGGUAGUGUCAAAAGUUAAGUUUUAAGCUAUUGCCUACAUGUGACUCAUCAAUCUGGCAGCACUGCGUGACACCACUGAAGCAGUCUCCUGGCAUGUACUGCAAGUGGUGCAAGCUUUGUUUUAAAGGAAGGGGACUAUAGGGUUAAACUAGUUCAUAAAAGUUAGAGAGGUUCAGAUAGGUUUCUUCUGUAGAUUGUCUUAGCAGUGUUACAGCCAUGAUUAAAGUUACAGAGGAGUCAAUGUGCAAAGUUGAUAGAUGUCAUUUUCAUAAAUUUCUCAAGUAUAAGUAUAUUCACAGGCUUCUAUUGUGUGCCGUUAAGCACAGAAGUGUUAGAUGGACUUGGUAACAGUGGGGGAAACAAAGUGCUAGGGUGUUACAAUGAAUGGCUAAGGUAUGUGCCUGGUAAAGUAAGGCAGACAGUUGGUACAUAGUCACCUGUGGCUAAACACGCUACUAAAACCUAAAAACAGUCGAAACAACUUGGGAGUGAGUCACUGUAAUUACAGUCUCUUAACAGCUUUCUUCAAGUGCUUUUCCUAAGUUAUUUUUGACAAUGUGUUUAUUAUUUCCUAAUUGUAGGACAUUGCAUAUAGACGCAUGACCAACAGAGAUAACAGAUAUAGAGCCAGCCUUUGGUAGAACACAAAAAUUGAAAUCUUUUUCAGGAACUCUUAAAUAUCUUAAUUUCUAUUAUGUCCUUGCCAUACUCCCAACCCCAUCUGCCCACUUCAGAAAAUCACUUGACACCUGGCAUGGAAGACAGACCCAAGUGUAAACCUCAAAACUGGAUGGAUCUGGAACCCUGUGGUCUCACUGGAGAAGUCACUAAGCAUAGGCCAGGGCCUAGCACAGUGAACAACUUCGAGCUUAGAACAUCCUCUGCUACACCCUUUUGGAAUUCUCCAUUGCUGGGGACAGCCAAGACCAGCUACCACUCAUAGCCGCCUCUGUGAAUUCAGGAGAAUACACAACACCACAUCCUGGGCAGCACUGGGGCCCUUUGUGCAGCAGUGGUCUGUGCCCAUCAUUCCAAAUCCUUUCGACCUCAAAAGGUUCUUGAGUGUCCCCCACCUGACACCCUAAAAGGUUUGCUGUUUGGGUUUUUUUAUUAUUUUUUUUAAGUCUUAAGCUGCAUUCCUUUGAAGUUUGAGCUAAGAUCUCAUACGGCUGCACUUUUGCUUCUGUGGAAGAGAAUAUUCCUUAUCUGCUUAUUUGAAUAAACAGAAAAGGGGUUUCUCCCAAAA